AUGUCCAAAGGAAAGGCUCGACAAGCACCUACCAGGUCUUCUGCUAGACUUCAAACUUCGAACAAGUCUCUUGACGAAAGCGCUCACUCCCUACCUGAGGAGGGUACAAGACUAAACUCAUCGACGAUUCCUGUAGACAAUGGUCACUCCGGACUGUCUUCCGGCACCAGUCCGUCUGUCAGCGAGCUACACUCUACAGCAAGGACUGAUAUACCUCAGGGUCGGGAAGGCUCCGCCUCAAGGACGCGACGUAAUACUACCGCAACAUUAUCUCCUGUGCAACGAAAGUCUAUGAAAAGAUCCCACAAGCAAGCCAACUCUGGCCAAACAUCGGGCACCAAGGGCGUCUUCGCGUCCGCAGCGAGUUCACCUAUCCAUAAAUUUUUUCAACAGCCUUCUAAGGAAUUCAGAAAGAACAUAAAGCACGUCCCAUCCACCAAAACCCGACCAUUCCACCCGUUCGAUCAGCAUCUUCAUCCCGACCUUCGAUUGAACGAGGUAGUUGUUCUUGACACACUUCCGACUAUUCUUUCCCAGUACUGCGAUGAUAUUAUUGAAGAGAAUGCCGACUAUCUUCGCACAGCAGGUCCGCUUCCGGAUGCUCCCUCGCAACCUAAUGCCGUCAGAAACGAGGAAGCACUGGUUAACGAGUAUAUAAAGUCAAAUCAAGCUUGCUUGCAGGUAGCUUCUGGUCUUCUAUUUAAAAAGGGUUGGGAGGACAUCUUCAACAUGACAAAGCCCAACAAGGUUGAGAGGCAGGAAGGUAUUGCUGAUGUGCUAAUUUCAAUUGACCCUGAAACGGGUGGGAAACACCUGACCGCCAAGCACAGAUCAGAUUUGAAGUUGCUUCGCAAAUAUCUCCUGGACGUUUUUGUUACUCUUGAAUUCAAAAGUCUUGUCGCUGCGCCUCAUAUCUUCGAAGACCUACUUCGUCUGGAAGGAAAAUUUCCAUGGUCAACAUGUCAAGAAAGGACGGACGACAACGAAAAGUCAACCACUUGCCGGGCUUCUGCUGGCAACGCUCAUCGAGUCAAUGGAAGGCUACAGACGACGGGGCGACCCACUAGUCCUGACUCAAGUAUCAUUCUACAGCUCAUAGAAGAUGCGCGUAGUCAAGAACGGCCUCCAAAACGUUUGAAAGCAGACUUGGACAAUUUGUCGAAGACCGCUGCGAAACAGGAUUCAGUUUAUGCCUGCCAACAGAUUUGGACUCAACUCGUGGUUGAAGAUGCCUCGGUGGCGAUCUUUUCAUCUGGCAACGAGGAGUUUGUCGCCAUCCGGGACCGGGGAAAACAGACAUUAUACUUAUCACCCAUGAUUAAAUGCACCUCAAAUUCAAGUAUAACGCACUCAAAAAUUCUGGUGGCUUGCAUUUUAUUAGGCUUUAACGAUGCUUUAGAACGUGCUCGACAGUUGGAGGCGAUGUCGACCGUACCUGGGAGUGAAGUAUCACCAGGAUACCGGAUAAACGUGGAUAGACUGCCUUUUUAUGUUAAAAAAAACCUGACGGCAGAGUUAUUCAAUAAGGUUCGUUCAGAACAAACACACCCACAGAAUUAUGACCAGAUUCGAUUUCACGAUAGUUCGAUUUCCGAACGCCUCGGGGGUCCACCUGGUGCAACAACGUGGCACUUGCAGAAACGCGGCUCUCACCGUGACGCCGUUGACCUUGAACCUGAACCAAGUGGACGCUUAUUUCUUGAUUUCAACUAUGAGUCCCAGCUUGACAAGAAAGUCUUUGUGGUUUACCUGGGCCUUGUCGAAGAAGAGCCUCGAAAUGCUCCAAAAUACUAUUCUAAACCGUUAUUUAUGAAGCUUACGCGAAAUGCGCCCCUAUCCAAGAUGCUAGAGGUGGAACACGACAACUACGCGGAUCUUCGCGCGAAAGGCGUUCGCGCCAUUGUUCAGGUAUACGGAUUAUUCGAAAAUCCCGAUCUCCCAAAUCACAGGUUUCUGAUACUAGAAAGUGGAGGAAAGCCGGUCACUUUGGAAACAACAGCGCAUUGCAAGCGCUUCAAGUGCGCACACACUCGUUCUGCUGUCAUCCGAUUGGCACUAACCAUUGUUUCUAGGGGUUCAUAUCUCGCUGCGUUGAACAGCUUUCAUGACGUGGAUAUUUCGAUUGGAAACAUUAUGAACGAUCACAUCGUCAUGAACAAGGAACGUGAUGUAUUUGUUGUUAGUUUGGCUCAUGUUUCCCAGCCCGCGACAUCAUCAGUUAAGAGGGAUGAAGUCAAAGCAUUUCACAAUGCUAUACGAGCAUUUCCUUCCUUUGACAUUACCACUACUAAGGAAGCAUUGCCAACUGGGAAUGCGGUAUCUAGCUCGGAGUCCGAGGGGUAA